AUGCACCCGCUUUACGGAGAGCAUCAUGGUUAUUACCGCUACGACGGAUAUUCGAGCAUGGGAAUGAAUGCCGCUGCCGCAGGCAACGGUGUCAUGCCUCCGUACGUCGGCACGACGAACCAACAUCAGCAGCAAGCCGUGGAACGCUAUGGUACGACAGCAGUCGUGAGACCUUCCCCAUAUGCUGCCCCGUACGCCUCACCAGCUGCUAUGCACCAAACAUCAGGCCAGCCGUCGAAGGAUAUGGUUAAGCCUCCGUACUCAUACAUCGCAUUGAUCACAAUGGCUAUCCAGAACUCACCGGAGAAGAAAAUAACGCUCAAUGGGAUCUAUCAGUUUAUUAUUGACCGCUUUCCGUUCUACCGGGAGAACAAGCAGGGUUGGCAGAAUUCCAUCCGACACAAUCUCAGCCUCAACGACUGUUUCGUGAAAGUCCCGCGAGACGACAAAAAGCCCGGUAAGGGCAGUUACUGGACCCUGGACCCGGACAGUAUCAACAUGUUCGACAACGGAAGCUACUUGCGAAGGCGACGUCGUUUCAAGAAGAAAGAUGCCCUCCGAGAAAAGGAAGAGAAUCUCUUGAAAAAACAACAGCCUUCUUCCAAGCGGGAAGAACAACAGGGGAAAGAGAGCGUUCAGGCGGAACAGACUGGCAGUAAUCUCGCAAUGAAAACAAACGCCACCGCCGCUGCCGUCCCUAACAACAACAUGGAGGCAUCAUCGACUCGUAGCGACCGUCACUCCUCUACUUCUCCUCAACAGCAACGCAGCAGUCAUCACAUACAGCAGCAAUGUUCUUUGACCCCCAAGAUAGAACCCAUGGAUGAUGACCUGUUGGACCAUCGCCACAAUAAUCUCCUGUUUAACCCUUCCUGCAUGCAAAGGAUAGUCAUGGCCGGAGAUUGCAAGUUCGACAGAAUGAAGACUAGUCCUUCCAUACCAAACAAUAUUAGCCCAGUUACUUCAUCUUCCUUUGUCGAUGCUUCAAUCGUUGAUGGAACCCCCAUAUCAAACUUUUCAGUGGAUUUGUUGGUUAGAGAUCCUAGAGCUCCCUCUCCGAACAGCCAAAUGUCAGAGGCAAUAAACAACAGUUUAUCCCGCACUGGCAUGAAUUCCAACCUCAGAUCAUGUGCCAACACUAACGGACUGAACACCUUGUCAUACGGUUCGCGAACCAGUGGCUUUUCUUGUUCAAGCCUCGCUCUUCCCCCUUGCUCAGCUUCACCAACUUCAUCAACUUUAAAUUAUAACUGUUCAGUGUCACCAAAUUGUGGUUUCGAUCGAGAGACUAGUGGCAGAAACAGUGUGGUGUCAAGAACCGGUGUGAGAGCUAGCUCUAGCAACAGCAACAGCAGUGGACUUCCUGUGGGCAUGAACCAAGGUCUUGACGAGACCGGACAGUACAACAUGGUUCCGAGUCAUGGUGUUCUAUCGAUGCCAGGAUCCCCACAACAGACCUCUUAUAUGAACAGAAAUGCUACAGUGACAUCUAAUGCUUCGAGUGCCAGUUGGAAUUAUCCAUUGCAAAACUCUUCAACGGACUGUUCCCUGUAUGCUGAUGCGAAUGGUAAUUUUGUAGUGAGAGACAUGUUUGAUAGUCAACGCCUCAUAUCUUCGUCUUCUACAACUGGAGUUGUUAAUCCUAGUUGUCAGAUGAAUUUCGGUGUCAACGCAGCAUCGAAUUAUAGUCAUAGGACAGCAUCAACAGUGUACGGCUAUGACUACUCAAGGUUUUAAUUUGAACUGUUGUAAAUAGAUCUUGAUGAUUCAGACUACAGAUGAAAUGGCACCUAUUGUCGAUUCGUGCCAUUUGCAGAAAAUUUUAGAAAGAAAAAUAUGUGCAAAAGGAUUCAUGUAACUUCACCGUCUUCUGGACCUACCUCUAACGUUUCGCAGAGUGAAGAACAGUUGCGGGUGACAAAAAAAGUAUUGGUGAAGUAAACGCCACAACAUGAAAAAUGUGAUUCCUCAACAAAAAAUCUUUAUAAUUGUGUGAUAUACUUAUCCGACACUUUACGCAUCAAGAAACAAUAUUUAUUUUGGAUAUUACUAUAUCACAAUAAAAAAUGAUAGU